AUGCCGUGCCGCGGCGCAGACAUUCAGCGGACUAUUUUAGAAUACAUUCAGGAGUACUGUACGUACAUGUCAGCGUGCGUACCGUGCACGUCUCCGUCCCGCUGUCUCUGUCGCCACGAGCUUGUGGCACAACAGCCAGAUACCCGGCCUGUACAACUUCUUCGUCUGGAUCGUGAAUACACCGUCUGCUGCUGCGCUGCUAUGGAGCGAAGGCUUGCGGCGUCCUGCGGCUGCUUCUGA